AAUGGUCACACUCAAUGUUCUUGUCUACUCUUUGAUUCUCACAAUAACUUCAUAUACUGGCAACAAUGACGCGUUUAAAUUUUGAAAUUCGUUACCAACGAAUCUUUUGUUAUAAAAUUGUGUGACUGAAAUGCAAAUGUGACUUCAAAGUUGUGCAGUUAAUUGGAACGAUUGCUGUUUUAUUUCUAGUGAUUGUUUUUCCAGACUUUCUAACCAAAUCGUUUUAAGAUUUCCAAUACCUAUCGUGCUUGUUAUUACCUUAAUCAACCCAGAAAGUAUAAACGAUAGUUGUUAACAAUGCCGGCCCGUGAUAUUUAUUAUUCCGACAAAUAUUAUGACGAUGAGUUCGAAUACAGACAUGUUGUACUACCAAAGGACAUGGUGAAGCUGGUGCCCAAGAACCAUCUUAUGUCUGAGCAGGAAUGGCGCAAUAUUGGAGUGCAACAGAGUCAAGGAUGGGUGCAUUAUAUGACACAUCAACCAGAACCUCACAUCUUAUUGUUCCGAAGGAAGAUAACCACACAGCAGAAGAAGACUUAAAGUUUUGGUUAAUUUAGAUUUGUACAGUCAUUGAUGUGUAUUAGAUUUUAAACUUUAAAUAUAAGAUGGAUUAUAAGAAACUUCAUAGAGAAUCAGGGUCAGGAUACUUAAGAAGGAUGUUUUGUCAUAAUUGAAUACUAUUUGGUUGUUAUAGUAGGUUAAACAUCAAGUAAUAAUGAUUUUUAUAUUCUCUAAUGUCAAUUAGGCAUUAAAA